GUUCGGUUUGAUUCAGCCUCCUGUUACCGUAGAUGUUUCGGUACAAACGGCCCUCUUUUAAAGUUCCUGGGGGUAGAGUGGACCACGAUUGAACUCAGAGGAUAAAUAUUUACACAUUCUUUCAUCCCAGGAGGAGGAUUGGUAGUAAACAGAAGCCAAGGUGCUGCUCAGAAAACCGAGGUCUCGACUGCCCGAGAACGUCAGAAAAUAAGGAAAAUGGCGGAGCCGGACAAAUUAAACAUUGACUCUAUAAUUCAGCGUCUCUUGGAAGUCAAGGGUUCUCGACCAGGGAAAAAUGUCCAGCUGACAGAGAACGAGAUCCGUGGCCUUUGUCUCAAGUCCCGUGAAAUCUUCCUCAGCCAGCCCAUCUUGCUUGAACUGGAGGCUCCCCUCAAAAUCUGUGGUGAUGUCCACGGUCAGUACUAUGAUCUGCUCCGGCUUUUUGAAUAUGGAGGCUUCCCCCCAGAAAGCAACUACCUGUUUCUGGGUGACUAUGUAGACAGAGGAAAGCAGUCACUGGAGACUAUCUGCCUGCUUUUAGCCUACAAGAUCAAAUACCCAGAGAACUUUUUCCUGCUUCGUGGCAACCAUGAAUGCGCCUCCAUUAAUCGAAUCUACGGCUUUUAUGAUGAGUGUAAGCGACGGUAUAACAUUAAGCUGUGGAAGACCUUCACAGACUGCUUCAAUUGUUUACCUGUGGCUGCCAUUGUAGAUGAGAAAAUCUUCUGCUGUCAUGGAGGCCUCUCUCCUGAUCUUCAGUCGAUGGAGCAGAUCCGCAGAGUAAUGCGACCCACAGACGUGCCCGACCAGGGUUUAUUGUGUGACCUGCUGUGGGCCGAUCCAGACAAAGACGUGCUGGGCUGGGGCGAAAACGACCGCGGUGUCUCCUUCACAUUCGGGGCAGAUGUGGUGGCCAAAUUUUUGCACAAACAUGACAUGGACCUAAUAUGCAGGGCGCAUCAGGUGGUUGAAGACGGUUAUGAGUUUUUUGCAAAGAGGCAACUGGUCACGCUUUUCUCGGCCCCCAACUACUGUGGAGAGUUUGACAAUGCUGGUGCCAUGAUGAGUGUGGAUGAAACACUCAUGUGCUCCUUUCAGAUUCUGAAACCAGCAGAUAAGAAAUUGUAUCCUUACGGAGGAGGGGGAGGAAUGGGAUCUGGGAGACCGGUCACUCCCCCACGAAAUUCAGCCAAGGCUGCUAAGGCCAAGAAAUAACACCUGUCGGGUCCCCUGCCCACAACCUGCCACCCCCUGUCGGCCCAACGCUCUCUUUUCCUCUACCUCCCAAACUUGUUUCUCCCUCGUCACCAAACGGCAACAAAGAAAACAAGUGUCCAGGGUUCAAUCAUGUUUUUUCUCUGAAACUAUUUUUAAUUGUUUGUUUGGCUAUUUGCGUGCAAUUUUUAUGUAUGAGCGUGUGUAAAAAGUGAGAGUGAUGAUGAUGAUGAUGGAGCUGCUGUAUCCUGUGUGUAUGUCUUUUCUUCCUCCUGUGCCCUCUUUUCUGUUUUCCUGUCAGUUUUGUAGAAAUGGCUUCUUUCCAUUCGUUAUGUAAAUUCAAACCUGGCUGCAGGGGAGGAGAGAAAGAGGGAUAGAGAGAAAAGAGUCUUAGCUGUUUAUGUUAAGCCUCUGCACUGUUUAAUGCUAAACACAAGCUUUUGUACAUCCUGUUUCAGAGGUCCGUGUAUGUCUGUGGGUGGGUGG